GUGUCUUGCUCUGACCGUAUCUAGCAACAGCACAACGGCCCCGGAGGCCAACGACAACCACAUGCCGCGACCAGAAUGAGCGACUACGCCGCGACGACGUACGCCUCGACCUCGGCGGUGCGCCUCGCUGCCCUCCCGCCGCUCGCCACCCUCCAGAGCUGGGUCCACCGCCCGCAGGCCGUCGCUGCGUGCUUCGUGAGCGACGUGUAUGCGCUGCAGAACCUCCGGGAGAGCAACGCUGGGGUAUCACGAACGUCGAGGGACGUCUUCCUCCUCAACCACUUUCCAUGCAAGCUCGUCGAGCUCGUCGGCUGGGUAGCGGGCGUGGACCACAAGGACGCGUCGAUGACCAUCACGCUGGACGACGGCGACGGCGCGCAUGUGCUCCAGGUCGUGGUCCGGCUCGCCAAGGUCGAGCCCCCGCCAACAACUAAGGUUGUGGCAGCAGUCGCCGUGCCCGUCAACCCGAACUUCUUAACGGCCAAAGAGCGCAAAGCGAUGCGCAAGGCCGCGGCGGCGGCUGAAGCGGCGUCUUUGGCCGCUGCUCGGAGUACCGCGCCGGGACCCACGUUCCACCGCCCCGAUGUGCGUGUCGGCGACACGCUGCGCGUCGUGGGUCGUGUGGACGAGUGGGCACGCCGCCGGAACGGGGGCGAGGAGUGGGUGCGCCAAGUGUUUGUCGACGAGGCGUCGGGCUCGGGGUCACUCAGUGUUGUCGACGCCGAUGAGCAGUUCCGACACGCGGCCAAAGUCGUCGGCCUCCACGAGACGCUGUACUCGCGCCCUUUCACCAUGCCGGCGCCGCCGGCACCGGUGGCCAGGAGCCCGCCCCGGGCAACUCCCCACUCGACACAGUCCUCCCCCGCCAAGUCGACGCUCUCCAGUAUACCGUCAAGCGAUGUGUACGACGACGACUUUGCACCAGUCCCCGAAGCACGCCUCACAGAUCCGGCGAAGCUGCGAUCCUCUCUGCUUACCGAGGCAACGUUUAAACGAUACCUCAUGGACCAUGUCUCGCGCGAAACGGCGAGGGUUCUGAGGUCGUCACCUCCUCUACUAGGUCAGGCGGUCCCGGCCCUUGCUGCGCUCUUCCCAGAAUACCGGCACGCGGUGCUCCCCAGGACAGGGGAGGACGGCAAGCGAGAUUCGUUCGCCCCCAGCCACCCCCGCAAUGGGCGGCAAACGAAGCAAUGGAGUUUGAACGGCUCCCCUCGAUGCACCACGCCGGACAGCGAUGACGAUGUCGUGUGUCUCGAAGCGACCCCCAAGGCUUCGAAACAAUCAACAUUUCGAUCUAGAACUGACCGUGACGACGCCCUGCGACUGAAUCGGUACAAUUUCGCGCCAUCGUCGGCGCUUCGUCCCUGGGUUGAUGAAAGCGACGAUGGCAGCGACAAUGACGCACCACUCGGAUCUGAAAAGUUCCUGCUGGAACCGUUUACGGUCGAUGCCCUGAUGAAUGUCGAGAGGCUUCGUGUGCUUGGGUCAAAAGUCGCCGAGGUGCGCGCCCGGCGUGAAGAGCGACUUCGACGACAGCGAGCCAAGGAAAACGCCUCGACAGCAAGAGACGAACGCGUCGUGCAGGAUCGCCUCAAUCGCGGCCUGCGUCCAGACCACUGGCGCCUGAACGUCCACGAGCGCGAGCACAAGCUGCGGCGGCUAACAGACAGAGGGAGGGCUCGUUCAGGUUCAAUGUCGGCGGCGGCUGUCACCAUCGUCAUUCUUCGGAACGGAUGCUGGUGGUGGCCAGUCCUCCUCCUCCUCGUGGCGACAUGA